AUGACACCAGUCCCAUCCGUCCUCACCUGCCCGGCCAAAGCAGUCGAGGGGAAAUCCCUGUUGCUCGUAAUCUUGACGGAUUUAGAUCAAACCGGCCAGGCAGAUCUCGUCCAACAUGUGGGGGAAUCACUGCCAGAUGACACCAAAAUCCAGUUAUGGCAUCCACCUAAGACGACGCUUUGGUAUGUCACGCAUCGGAGCUUGCAUCAAGAUAGCACCGCCAAUAUCUACGCUGUCGCCAUUCUCGCCUACCGGUCAGGCUGGACCAAUCUCCUCGUGGCCGACAACCUGACCAUUCGCCAACUUACGAAGAACCAAAACAUGGGCGAGAGCUCCUCUAUAUCAAUGACUAUGGUCGCCGUCCGAAAAUCGCAAUUUUCGCGGAAAGACCAAGUUCGUGUUGUCGCCCGUCGCACAGCAGGAAGAGACAAGGCAGACCUCCAUCACACGCUCCAUACAUUUGAUAUUGCGCCGCAUUUUCUUGGAGAAUGGCAUCACAGAGUGUCCAGAAUCUACGAGGAUGAAGGAUUUGAGCUCUAUGAUCCGGAUAGCUGCAUUCUUGCGCCAGACACAACCUCAUUUUUUGCCGAGGAGCUCGCCAACAUCACGCACGCUGCUCUCUCAAAGAGCCUACCACCAGUGCUUGUACACUAUAUCUUCUCAUUUAUCCCUGAGGAAGACCCCCCACAGCCCAUUUCUAAGCCAUCGUGGGCAGAUCACGAUCCAUACUACGUACAAAUCUUCACUACGUUUUAUUGCGGCCCCGAACAGCUCCUCCAGAUGCAAUUUGCAAUCGACGAGGCGAUACAGGCCUAUUCGCGGAAAGAGGGCUCGCGCAACAUAACUAUACGCCUGAUUCGCAGUAGCAAUGAGAGCAAUCGCACUCCGACCCGGCGCGAUCUCAUACAUACCUGGGACCGUUAUCAUACACCCAUGGGCCCUGACACUAUAUUUCUACCCGAACCCAUUUCGGACUCGCAAGAUCUGGAAUCUACGAGAUUGAUUGUUCUACACACCAGCAGACACAGUCCCCUGGUAGCAGUGCCCAUAACCCUCCGCACCAUCAUCCAGGGUCAGCCUCCGGUGCUAGAGUUCAUGCACCACCCUUCCCAGCCCUUCUACACCAACCCUCAGUUCUGGCACCCUAGCGAGGAGAGCCCGUUGCGGGUCCCUCUAUUCUAUCUCACGGACAAACUGAACCCUGAGCAGGACGCCAGUCUCCAAGCGGAGAUAUACACACACUGGAAGCGUGAGGUGGACGACGAGCAUUUCGAUGACAGUGAGAAUCUGGAGUGCAUGGUUAUUCCGUGGGGUAGGCACGAGACGGACGGUACUCUUGACGACAUGUGGUCUAUCUUCUGGAAAGUGGGCUUGGAGUUCUUUGUUCCGGUUAUAUUCUUCGUGGAUAAUCAAUCCGGUCGCGAUCACAGCGUGGUUAUUGCGCAGGCGGACUUCGUUGACGAUUUCCAACUUACCGACGAGACACAGGAUGUGCUACAGAAGUUGGGAAUCUUGGAAAGACCAGACCUAUGUGGAUUUCGGUACUGCCGGAUUCCGGGCCGCCAGUCGCAUUCGGUGCAAUGGUAUCUGGAGAUGGAGGCUGGUGAUAUUGAGGAUUUGGUGAUGGAAGGGAGUGUACAGAGGUUUUCUAGGCCUGGCUGGCCGCAUCAUUUAAUAGAGAGGUAA